AUGCCUUUGCACGUAUCAAUCUUCCAGCAGUGGAGUGAACAUGGAGAUAUGCGUGCUACUAUGAGUGCUUUUAUUGAUGUGCAUGUGUGUUUGGAGAAGGAAGGUGCAUGUGAAGCCGCCCUAAGUUUCACAUCAUUUCCAUUCCAUCUGGGGCAUCUCUGGGCACUAACUCCCUUUCUUGCUCUCAGCCUUUUCCAGGUAUUCAGCACACGGGCCAUUGUGCCCCAAGCCACACCAGGAGACCGGGCCACGAGGCUUUGCUUAAGCCACCGUCCUCCCAUCCGGAAGCUGCUGGACUCCUACGAGGAGUUGCGGGGCGGCCUGGGGCACCAGCCUUUGAGGUCUUGCCUGUGUGCAGAACACGAGAAGCAGGAGGAGGCCAAGAGCUGUUGUGGCAAGAAGAAGAAGAAGAAGGUGGUCUUUGCUGACAUGAAGGGCUUCUCUCUGACAGCUGUCCGGAUUUUCUCCAAGAUCGAGGAAGACCUGUGUGAUUUGCACCAUGUCCUGUCUAAUCUGACCAGCUUCCGGAAUAAAUGUCGGGGCCCCGGGCUUGAGAUGAAAAAGUAUGUGCUGGACUUCUCCCCACCCUCUGCUGAUUAUUCAGCUUUCCGCAGCCGCCUGCAAAGCAGCUUCGUUUCUUUGGAGAGCUGCGUGAUCCAAGAGAAGUCCCUCUCUGGGACCAUCAAAGUCAGAAACAUUAGUUAUGAGAAGGAAGUGUACGUCCGGAUCACCUUUGACUCCUGGAAGACCUUCCAGAACAUCUCAUGUCAGUACAUGCACAAUACAUAUGGAUAUACAGACACAGAUGCAUUUUCCUUUGAGGUGGCUCUGCCCAAAACUCCAGUUCCUUGUGGCUCUACUGAGUUCUGUAUCUCCUUCCAUUGUGGUACAAAAGUCUACUGGGACAACAACCAAGGGGAGAACUACAGAAUACGCCAGGUGGCAGCUUCUUCGCCUCCUGGUGCCCUUUCACGGCUGGCAAAGAGCACCCUUAGAAGGGUGAGGCCGCCACCGGGGACCUCUCAGACUAGGCUUUGGAAUUACUCACGCACAGAACUACCAGCGGUCAGAGGGAGCAGAGGCCCUUAUUGGUAGGAAGGUUUUGGAUCUUGCUCUCUCUGUACAGCUCCUGACACUUUCUACCUGGCGCCUACUGGUGGUUUUUGGUGAGGACUGUUCUGUGGCUGGUGUCACAUGCAUCAUAUGCACAGUUGAUCAUUCGGCAGCCUCUGCUAUGAUUGUUGGUUUGCAGUGGCAUCUUGGAGAAGUCUUCAGAACUGGAAAUGGCUAUAGCAGUGGCUACCCAGUGGCUGCAUAGAUUUAUGGUGCAGGCAACAUGCAAGUCUAGCAGAAGGAAGGAAGAGCUGGAUCUUCCUACCAUGCCAUCAUAAACAUGAGUUGGAAUGUUACACAGGAAGAAGCUUGACAGAACUUGGUUUUUAUUGGCAUGCGCUGGCAAAACUCCCAAGGGCUAGAGCAGCAUAGUGACGUAGAAGCAAAGCUGUGAUCCAGAAGGACCAUGUUCAGAUAUUGCUUUGCUGUUCACUCCUAUCAGGUAACCUUCUCUGCCUUAGCCUCAGUUCCUGUAUCUGCAAAAUGGGGAUAAUAAUAAUGUGGAAAGGCUGUUGAAAGACUGAGCCAGAAAAGGUAUCUCAAGAGUUUUGAAGGCUUGUGAGGCUGCAAUCAUGGGUAUGCCUGCUGGAGAAUAAUCAAGUGGAAGUUCAGUGGCAUCUUAAAGACGAACAAACUUUAUUUCAGAACAAGCUCUUGUGAGUCAAAUCUCCCUCCAUCAAAUGCAUUUACAUCUGUUUACAGGUGCAGUUGGUCUUCACCCAAUCCGAGUGGACUGAAUUCUCUAUGAUUAGUUUUUGUUUCUUGCCCUCAACUUUCUGUUGCUUGUAGCCAGUGUGGAUUUGAUUUAAAUCACUAGUCAGUAAGACUAGAUUUAAAUCAUGGUUUUCUGCAUAAACAUCAUUUCUCAUGGUAUUGUUUCGUUUGGGUCACCAGGCCUUGCAUGUCUGUAUUGUAGUGUUUGCAUUUUGUAUGCAUGUAUGCUUUACCCAUAAGUAGAGGAACUUCAGUAAAAUAUUCCCAAACUGGGGCUCUUUUACAGCCUGCUGCCAUUCUCCAAAGAGAAAAUGAUGUGAUAUAUACAUAAAGAUCAUAAGACUUGUUGUUCGAAAGAGUUCACUUUCAUUUUGCCCUUCCCUCCUAACAUUUAGCUCCUUGUGCAGAUCUAUUUCAUUCUAAACAAUCUUCUAUUUAUUGAACUUUCUGAAACUUAGCACUUAAGAAGUAAGGGGCUGAUUCUGUGUACAAAGGAACAAUGGUAUUAAGGUCUUUUUCUCAACUCUGUAUACUUAUUUCAUAACAUUUUUGCUUUGAAGAAGAGGAAUGUUAUCUCUGUUAAAUAUUAUCAUAGUUUCGAGAACCACAAAACCAAGCAUCUGUGAUAAUAUCUUCUAGACAGAAAAAUUGCCCAAUAUAAUCUUAAAUAAACUUCUGCAACAUCGUGA